ACGUGACGUUUAGCUUCGCGUACGCGUGGACCGACCUUUAAGUUUCGAAUCCCCCAUGCUCGCCGCGUUCACCGAUCCGUGACGAUUCCACGGCGGUGCGUGUACCGGCAGUCGGUUGGAAUAAUCGCCUCGUGGCAGGUGAAGACGAAGAUCGGCGAGGCCUGAGCCAGUCGCCUAGUCAGCUUAGCAGCCCGUCGCACGAGGCACGGACGAGCUGCGCGUAAGAUCGUGCUGCUUCGUUCGCCGAGCUCUCUUCUCCGCUGCAAGAAAAAUCUUCGCGUAGCCGCCCGCGACUCGUAGUGCGCGACACGGGACGUGCGUGCGCGAGCUUUCUCGUACGCAUUCGCGCGUGUAUCGUUCCUUUUCUUUUCUCCUCUUUUCUCUCGUUCCUUUUUUUCCCUCCGUUUCUUUCCCCCUCGUUCUCGAUAGCCCCGUAGUCGGUCUCCCGUCUCUCCGCUGUUCUCUCCGGCGGUCAGUUUCUGUUUGGUUGACGCGCGGCGACAUCACGAGGGUCGAGGAGCAUGUCUUCCCUGAAAGGUGAUAAAGUUCCGUGUGCACGGCUCUGCCAUAUCGUCAAAUGGGACGAUUUUGACGGGUACGGGUUCAAUUUGCACGCGGAGAAAGGGAAGAACGGCCAGUUUAUCGGGAAGGUGGACGACGGGUCGCCGAGCCAGGCCGCUGGCCUACGGCAGGGUGAUCGGAUCGUGGAGGUUAACGAGAUCAACAUUGCCAACGAGACUCACAAACAGGUGGUCGAGCGCAUCAAGGCAUUCCCGAAUGAGACUAAGCUCCUCGUCGUUGACCAGGAGGCCGACGAAUAUUUCAGGGCCAACAACAUCGUUAUCAAGGGCACCAUGGCGAACGUCAAGGUGAUCAAGACCCCCGAGAAGAAUCCGAACAGUGUCGAGCAAGAGGAUGAGCUCAACGGCAGCAAUGCUUCCACUGAUGAGAACAUACAGAAGUCGAACGACACGUCGCAGCACAGCGAGGGUAGCACUGUGUCGGCAAACGCGACGAGAACAUCCGCGAGGAGCGAGAACGAGAGCGACCAGUCCGGUCGGGAGAACGGAAACGGGAUCAGGAACGACAGUCCAACGAUGGGCGGUCACGUGCACGGGACCGGGAACGGCAGCGUCGGCGGGAACGAGCCGCGCCAGGGACUGAACCUGAAGAUGAGCGCGAAAGAGCUCAGAGCUCAGCUCGCCGCGCGCAAGAAGUACGACCCGAAGAAAGAGUCGAUCGGGUUCAAGGACAAGUUCGACAUCGUGCAAAAGUUAUAACCGAUCGCGCGCGUCCCCGUUCCCCGUCUCGACAGAGUCGUUUCCGGCCACGCUCCGCGGUUCACGGUGCUCCGCCCGGUCCCUCUCUAACGGUAGCAGGAAUCGUUCGCCCCAUUCCCGACCUUGCGACCCUCCGGAUGUCUACUACCCGAAACACGAGACGAGGGCCGUGUCUCAAUCGUCGAGGAUACUUCCGGCGAGCAAUCUCUCAACCGCGAAAAACGUCGCGCCGCGGAUCGCGCGACAGACGCGUCAGCGAUAAGUUUCAUCGACGUUGUUUUUGGAUCAACCAGAAUCCAGCGGAACUAGGUCUUCGAUGUUAAUAGUAUCGGCGACGAGAACGUCUGCGUCAACGAGAUACAUUGUACGUUUUAUGUUUGAAAUGUUCGAGAAUCGAAGUUUCGAAGCAACAUGGUGGAUCGCGGUUAUUUUUGUUAUUGAUGUUAGGUUUGUUAUUGGCCCUUUAAAAUUGGAUGCGUAUCAUGUAAACGAAUGUUGACUUUCUGUAAUUGAAUGAAUGCGAAGAAUCCUUCGAGGACUUUAGGAUGUUGCAAGAUCGAACGGAAUCGAGGCCACCGAUGAAAAUGGUAACAGCGUGCAAGUCCCGUGAAACUUUUGGUUUUCAGCGGAUUCUUGUUGGAAAAAACGAUUGCAAAUUGGACGCGACACGUUUCACAGUUGAUCGAACCGAGCCAGGAGUUUCUCGUUCCAGCGUGCCGCGCGGUUGUCCCGCUACCUGCAAGAACGGGGGGUUCGCGCGCAAGCCAAGGACGAUCGCGACGAGCGACGCGGGAGAAAGUGUAACGUGUUGCGACGACGCGCCGCGGCGCACCGCGUCAUCGCUAAUUUCUGUUAUCUCUUAUCAAAUUCAAGACACGCGCCGUGUCCCGUGUGUAUCGUGCGUUGCGCGAACGGAUUUCGCACCGAAAUUGCGGACGAAUCCAAGGCUCUCGGAGAAAAGUAGUACAGCAGGUCUCCUUUUAUCCGAACUCGUACCCGGCGAAAUAGUUUGGGUCAUCUGAUCGUUAGGAUAAGGAUCUCAUUCGUUUAUCGUUGAUUCUUACCUCCAACAAAUGAUAUUCAACUAAACGAGUGUCUGCCUCGAUUAUUCGAAUUGAGAAACGUUUUCAUCGAUGAUGGAGGCUCAUCGAUAUUAACAUAAAACUGAAUAUGUUUAUUUCGUUGCAAUAGCGUGGUGCACGAGGAUUGAACAGCUAUUCAAGGAAACGUUCGAACAUAUUUGUCAUGCUAUUUAACGAUAUUUUUUAUGUGCUUCGCCUACGAGUAGAUGGUACGUCGGUGUUCAUAAAUGACGAGCAUAAGGUUCAUUCAUGUAAGCAUUAAUUGCGAGUCAUUCUGUGCGAUGGUAUCGGAAUCGACGAAGGUAUCGUAGAUAUUAAAGAUAUCGUAGAUUUCGGUUGACGAUGUAGUAAGGCUUGUUUCGUUUCAAAAUCGAACUCCACGGAUAUAUCGAUCGAGAGAAAUAAUUUCGGAUAAACGGAGCUCUGCUGCGCAAGAUUCUCCAGUGUUCUACGACGGUUUGCCAAGAUCCGAACGAAUUAUGUAAUUUGAUGGAAUGUAACAGCGCGCGCGGCAGGAACACCGCGACACAAUGCUGGGAAGAGUCGCGCGAUGUUUCCACGUUAGCGUCUCCGGAGAGUCUCUCGCAGGACUCGCAGAAAAUGUUUGGGUACUGUCUCAACUCCGCAUUGCUAAAUAUUACGGCAACCUGUUGUGCAACAUUCAAUUAUCGUCGUCGUGAUCCUUUUUGCUUCGUGUUUCGUACCUUGCGCGAAUACUUGGAGACCGGUCGUUCUAUUUUCCUCUCCUUUUUUUUUCUGUUCGCCACGUGUCGGUAUGCACGCGCAUUCCGAGCUGCGAUCAUUUAUUCGAUCAUCCAACGAGCAGAGUACCCUAACUGUCUCGAGGAGCCUUUGACUUUCAACGUGUCGUAGCGAGAAAGCUUGUUGAAAAUAAAAAGUCGGGAUUUAAGUAGCGAUCGAUAGUGUCCUGUUGAAUUCGAAAUUGUAGAUUACAUUUCGUAAGAAUGCGUAUUAGGUUAUACGAUGCGCCAAAUGCUCGUCAGAAGGUGAUGGCAACAGUUAGCGAAUCCUGCUCAUAAGCGUGGCGUGGCAGACACGCGGAAAUGCAACAGACAGUUGCAGCUAAGUACUUUGUUAUUACUCGCGUAACACGUCGAUCUUCUCGUCGGCGAUUCGAGAUACGCACGGUACAUCGUAUUACAUCACCCAAUUUCGGACAUGCCAAUUUCUGUUCGCAAAUAUAAUCUGGUCACGUAUUUAGCGCGUUGCGUGCGCUUAACGUUAAAUCGACUUUAACCCUUUGAGUUCACGGAGAAUCUACCUUAAAGCUAUUUCACGCCAAUAUUUCACUGGAAACGCUAAUCCUUCGCCUUAUAAUCAACAUCAAUUAUUAUAUAAUACAUAAUGAUUUUAUAACAAUUACAUUCAUAUCAAAUCAUAAAUCAGUACGAAUGAAAAAUUAACUUUAUGUAAUACAUAAUUAUAUAAUAUACAACAAUUACAUUUAUAUCAAGUAUCAGAGAUUGUACAAAGACAAAAUUACAUUCAUCAAUCUUGAAUAUUUUUCGAUUAAUAACAAUCCAAAUGAAACGUUCCACGAUUGCGAAUGAUUAACUUUCACGGAAAAUAUUCCUCUAUACCGUGAGCAUAUAAUUUCUUUUCCGGCUAGGGUAUUAUCGAGAACGACGGAAAUUGUUGCUAGCCUCUCACGGAAUAAAUCAUAAGGCGCGGUGUUAACGUGUUAUUGGUGACUGAGCGUGUUCUCCGGAGACUCGAAGUGUUAAUACGCGAUCGAUGAAGUUGAUUUUACGCCGGCUUUCGCGUCUCCGGUGUACGUAACGCGAAUAUCGAUACAGAAUUCCUGGAAACUUCGGCACGGUUACGUUGUUCGGAGCCAUCCCACGGUUAAAACGCGAUUUCUUCGUAUCGCCAGGGCUGCGUUUUAUACGGCCCGUCUAUUGUCCGGGAUAAUUAGGAUCGAUACGAUCGUCAGCCUCUUUCGUAACUCGAACACACGCUGUUUUCCAUUUGAAAUACGACAAAGACGGCCGUUUCACUGGAAUCGUUCGACGCGAGGUCGCGCGUUUCCUCGAAAUCGUCGCACAACGAAUUUUUCGUACCGCCGACAGGACUGCUCUGGUAUCAGGGUAGAUUCCCUUGCAACCUUGCCCGAUUUUCUUUUGCGAGAUUAUCCUAUUCGAGAGAAUUCUGCGGUUACCCGGCGAAUGGCGUGAGUCACGUUUUCGGAGAACUUCUCACUUUACGUCUCGGUCGAGACCUGGCAAAAUAGAAUUCUACUUUUCAAACGAGAGAAAUAUUUAGAAGCAAUUUAUUCUUUUUAACACUAGGUUGACGGGAUGCGUCGAUUUGACGCAUGAAUUUUAUAAACAUUAUUUGGUAAAUGGUGCACGAAUAUGAAUGCUAAUUUUUAAACCUCUAAUUUCCAAGAUCUAAAUGAACGAACACUGAUUUUUUUAGGAACAAUAGCAUAAACUGUAAUAAAUGUCCGUAAAUCUAGUGUUAAAAAGGGAAUCGAUAUUGAAAUCGGUAAUCGAUACCGUUAGUUAUCGGCGAAUAAUACUGCAUAUUUUGAAAAUUGGAAUAUUUCGCCUCGCAGUCGCAGAAUUUCCUUCACCCGAUUACAAAUUCAUAGUUAAUCCGCGAACGAAGUCGUGAACAAUUCGAAGACGAAGAUAAACCGUGUUGCUUCUCGUUGAAUUUUCUUUGAUCCGGAUAUCCGGGCACCGGAAAUCCGUAGUUCGUGAAACGAGCGCCGAUCGAGCACCGAUAACGAGCACCGAACGAAACGAAAUUCGUUCUCAAGACCUAUGGAAAAUCGCUGAUCCAAUCGGGCUUCCUCGAUCGCGAAGUUAACGAUCUACAACAAUCUCGGAUCGAACUCUAUUUCCGAUAGAUACGUCCGGACCUUUUGUCCGGCGAGUUUUGUAAAUUCUCUAAUAUACUUUUCCUUUUUUUUCUUCUUUUUUGUUUGUUUGUUUGUUUUCAUCGCAACAUUUCGUUGCGAGGUUUGAUGCAUAACGGUAUCCGCUUCUGUAAAUAUUAGAUCUUCGUGUGUCAAGGUCGGUGCAACGAUCGAAACGACUUGCUUGAGAGCGGGGAAAUGUCGCUGAUAUAUUGUUCCGUUUGAAAAUGAUUGUCGUUGACUGGUGCCAAUAGAACAUGCGUACAAGGCGACAUUUUUCUGUCGCGAUGGAAAAUGCGAUUGACAAGUGCGCCGUCAACCCUCGUACAUUAUUCUCAAUUUAAUUUGCCCUUUAAAGGAAACAGUAUAAAGGACACAAAAGGGUCGUCUCUAUUUUAAUUACGUUGAUAAUUAUUGGAGAUAUAAAAGAUGAAUUGUUAAAUUUGCGAUUACUUUAUUGAAAAUAAAGAAAACGAUAUUUUCCUCUAUUUGAAAAUAAUGAAACUAAUGAAAAUAAUGAAAUGGAGGAGGGUUGAUGGUUCUCGAUAUCGAUAGGUAGCAAUAGACGUUGCGAUUUUCUGAUUGAAAAAUGUCAAUUAAUUCUCUCAGCAGAACGUUUUCGGAGAAGUCAUGUUCUCGAGUUCGACGGAAGUUGCUAGCAAAAACUUCUGCACCGGUUCCUUGAAAUAUGUAUAUAAACAUCCCGCGUGAGGUCCAAGUACACACGUUGUUACGAUUAUCGCACGCAUUGUCCAAUGUUAUGUCGUAAGCGUUAAAUUUUAAGCAUUAUGUUUAACAGAGAAGACGACCUAGCUGUACGUUGUUCAUCAAAUUACGUUUACCCGCGUACAUCUGUGUAUAAAUAUCGUUGUACGUAAAUGUCGUUUGUUGUCCUUGUUUCUUGUCACUACUAUCGGCCUUAUCCGUAAUCAUUGAUAACUAUAAUCUGUUAACCGGGAAUAACGAGGUCCCCUGGUCAUUUAUAUUCAGUCGUAUUAUUUGUUGUGCGAUUGUUAUAAACGAAUAGUAAAGUACGGUAACUUUUACGUGGAUAUACGUGUCGAAUGGCCAAGAGUUGCAAAACAAAGAUAAAAUAGAAUUUUAUUUUCUGCGCCAAUAACAUCGUUGAGUUAAAGAUAGUAUGAAAAGGAAGAAUGAGAUUCUAUACAAAGGUUCUAUCUUAUUAUUUUUCUUUUUUUGUUGAAAACUUCUAUGAACUAUAAAUGCAUAAAGAUCUAUAGUUUAGUCCUUGGUUACCUUUUUUGUUUUAAUAAUUAUUUUUUUGUGAUCGUCAGAUCACUUGAUCUGUUGCCUCAAUGUUGUUCCUGCAUGAGCAGCAUGAAAGGGUUUCCACAGUUGAUAGAAAGUAAAAUUAUUCUGCGUUAGGAUAUUCAUAUUCAGAGGAGAGAUAUAGAAGGAAAAUAGAAAAAUAUGCCUGUUGACUUUUGAUAAAUGGAUUCGUUGUGAAGCCAUCUCGUGGUAAAUGCGGAAACUGUUACGAAACUGUAUGGAGUUACUAUUAACGGAUGCUCAAAUAUAUUUUGAAAUUGAAUAUAUGAUUUUAAACUUU